UUUGGUAGUGAGCUUAUUCAAACACAUAAGUGAGUUACAUGUUAUCCUUGUUUUGCCCAUACCAUUACUUACUAAAUUCAAGCAUUUUUCCGUCUACUAUAAACUACAAAUAUUAUUGGCUAAAACAUUACUAAGAAGUAGCUUCUACUUCUCAAAAACUAACAAACCAAACGUGAAACCGACUUCUAACACUUCAAAUAUAUAAAAAUCUUGUUAGGCAAAAAAUAUUUUGUAUUAUUUGCCAUAGUACUUUUAGUAAGAUUUUAUUUAUGGAGGAAAAAAAGUCAACAAAUUCCUAUAGUAAUAAAUUGUGGGCGAGAGAGAUGGAUGCCCUGACCGCUCUUUGCGACACCGUCUUACCCGCCGUUGAUCCGCCAGAAAAUACCUCCGACGAGUCCGUCAUCCAAUUCUACGAAACUUCUGCUUCCAUGACUGGUACUCCUGAGUAUUUGGGCAAGAUGAUAAGCAACAGACUUCAACAUCACAUAUUCCUGAUACGACUUCUGCUGCUUGCGCUGUCAACGAGAAUUGGAACAUUUGCGUUGGGUGGAAAGCUGAGUUUGUCACCGAGUUUCCCAUUUCUACUCAAGUUUUCGGAAUUACCACUCCAUAAACGACAGCAAUUAGCUCUCUCAUUAUAUUCAAGUUGGUUUCUUCUUAUUCGAAUGGGCUUUUUUGGAUUCAAAUCUCUCAUCCUAUUGGCCUUCUUUUCACAGGUGGACAAAAAUGGACAAAACCCAUCCUGGAAAGCAAUAGGGUAUUGUGGGCCAGACCCAAACUUCAAAUCUAAAAGGAGCAAGGAGCCAAACCAACAAACAAACUAUCUCAAACCCAAACCCUUAUACAAUGAUCCAUUUGAAGAAGCCCACAAACAAUCCCAAGACCCAUCAAAAAACUAUCUAUAUGGCCCACUUUACAAUGGCAUUAUCAACUCAAAACAUCCUCAAGAAAUAGUGAUUGAAUCCCUAAGGCACUCUGGCUUCCAUGUAUCAACAAACAAAAACUCCAAAAUGUCAAGAAUAACAAUCCAAUGUGAAGUAGUUGUAGUGGGUUCAGGUAGUGGAGGAGGUCUUAUUGCAGGUGUUCUAGCAUCACAAGGCUAUAAAGUUCUUGUUCUAGAAAAAGGAGAUUAUUAUGCAAGGUCUAAUCUCUCACUUCUAGAAGGUCCAACCUUAGAUCAAAUGUAUGAAGGUGCAGGAAUGGUAUCAACAAAAGAUUUAGGGGUUAGCAUAUUGGCAGGAUCAACUGUUGGUGGGGGAUCAACAAUAAAUUGGUCAGCCUCGAUUCGAACCCCGAAACAUGUGAUCAAAGAAUGGGCUCAAGUACAUGGGUUAGACCUUUUUGAUAGUCAUUUGUAUGAAGAGGCACUAAAUGUGGUUUGUGAAAAGAUGGGGGUUCAAAGUGAUGUAAAUGAAGAUGGGUUUAACAAUGCAGUGUUAAGAAAAGGGUGUUUGAAAUUGGGUUAUCCUGUUUUGAACAUUCCGAGGAAUUCUCCGGCGGAUCAUUAUUGUGGGUGGUGUUGUUUAGGGUGUAAGGAUGUGAAAAAGAAGGGUACUUGUGAGACAUGGUUGAAGGAUAUGGUGGAUUCAGGUAAUGGGGCUAUACUUGUUGGUUGUGAGGUUACAAAAGUAAGGUAUGAAAGGAAAAAUGGGCGGGCUCGAGACCGGGCUAAAGGAGUAGUAUUCAAGCUUGGAAGUUGUAAGAAUGAUGUUUUUUGUGUGGUGGAAGCUAAGGCAACUGUGAUAGCUGCUGGUGCACUAAACACACCAGCAUUGUUGAACAAAAGCGGGCUGAAAAACCCGAAUAUUGGAAGAAAUUUGCAUCUUCACCCUGUUGUAAUGGCAUGGGGAUACUUCCCAGAGACCGAUUCAACAGAAAAUGUGUGGCCUGAAAAGGGGAAAAUGAGUUAUGAGGGUGGGAUUAUGACUGUUAUGUCACCAGUAGUGUCUGAGUUUAAUGGAUCCGGGUAUGGGGCCUUGAUCCAAACCCCUUCCUUACACCCAGGAAUGUUCUCUGCCUUAAUGCCUUGGACAUCAGGGCUAAAUAUCAAGCAGAGAAUGAGUAAGUUCUCUAGGACAGCACACAUGAUUGCAAUCGUACGAGAUGUUAGCUCGGGAAGUAUAUCGAAUUCCCCUUUCGAUAUAAGCUAUAAGAUAGGCGGGUUAGACGAAGAUAACCUUAAACGAGGGCUCGAGAAGAUGCUUAGGAUACUAGCCGCGGCAGGGGCAGAGGAGAUAGGGACACAUCAUAAAAGUGGAGGAAGUAUUAGAGUGAAGGAAGUUAGUAGUGAUGAAUUUGAGGACUUUGUGAGAAGGGAAAGUUGUAGGUCAUUACAAGGUCUUGAAAUGCCCAUAACUUCUGCCCAUCAAAUGGGGAGUUGUAGGAUGGGUGUUGAUCCAAGGACAUCAGUAGUGAACCAAAAGGGAGAGUGUUGGGAAGUGGAAGGGCUUUAUUUAGGUGAUUCUAGUGUUUUUCCUACUGCUUUAGGGGUUAAUCCUAUGGUCACCAUUCAAGCUAUUUCUUAUUGUACUGCUCAAUCUGUUCUUGAUUUCCUUGGAAGGACAAGGAAAGAUGAAUUCUAAGAUGUGAUUAAAAACCGAAACCGUUUUCUGUGGACUAAAUUGGUGCACACUAGAAUAGCGUUUAUCAAUUUUAGACAAAUGGGAUAUGGGAUAAAAAAUGUUGGUUAGUGAAUGGAGUGAAGAAUUUAGGCUGGUGAGGAUCGGAGGUUAAUUGAGGAGGGUACAAAAUAAAAAUAUAAUGCACCAAGCCAAUAUUAGAUUUAUGUCUUAUUAUAACAUACGCACAUUAAUAAAUUGUAUUCAUAGUAAUUACAAACAA